UUGCCGCAGGUAGCGAGUGCAAUUUGCAACAGUGGAGCGAUUAUUUGGGCAACUUGCAACAGACGUGUCGGUGAUGGAGGAUUUCACAGCGAAAACAAGCGCAGACCGACGGCGAACACGAGCGUGAUUUUCAGACCCGCAGUGAAAAGGCGCGCUCAUCGGUUCCGUGUGUCUCGCGCUCCCGUGGAAACAAAGCGACACGAGCCGAAUGCGGAUUUCACUUUUUCUCCGGCUGCGUCUGUGUAGGUGGAGGCAGCUGCUGUCGCACUGUAGAUAACACACACACACACACACACAGUCUCAGGCCUGGUUUUAGGAAAGAUAAAAACACCAGUGGAUUUAUUUUGUGUCGAAAAGACUAUUUUGCUGAUUUAACUACGACGACGAGGAUACAACGUCUCCAGUGUCGAGAUGCCAGCAGCGUGUGGACGACUGAGCUUCAACAUGGGAGAGUGAAGCAGGGACCUGCAGCCAUGAAGACGCCGCCAUGUCGCAUUGAUCAGGUAGUACCUGCAUCCACAGCAUCAUGGUCAGAGUGAGCUCAGCAGCAGCAAUGCUCGCUCACCCUGGGGAAGAAUGGUUCACUCCACUAGCUUCCACCUCCCAGAGGCGAGGGACACUAACACCAGUCUCUGCUGCCUCUUUACGGGGCUGCUGAACUUCUCUGAGAGGCUGGGGAUGGAGAACGUCUCCAUGGUGAAUGCGUCGCCGCCAGAGCCGGUCAUGCCCACAGCGGAGGCCUCAAAGACACCUCCGGGUGUUGGCCUACCUCUGCAGGUCUUCUUUUGCUUCGUCAUGGUUGCCAUCCUGCUGGUGGCUCUGCUGGGGAACGUGGUGGUUUGCCUGAUGGUGUACCAGAGGUCUGCCAUGCGCUCGGCCAUCAACAUCCUCCUAGCAAGCCUGGCGUUCGCAGACAUGAUGCUGGCCGUCCUGAACAUGCCCUUUGCUCUGGUGACCGUCGUGACCACCAACUGGAUCUUUGGAGACGCCUUCUGUCGCGUGUCAGCCAUGCUCUUUUGGUUUUUCGUCAUGGAAGGCGUGGCUGUACUGCUUAUAAUAAGCAUAGAUCGUUUUCUUAUUAUUGUCCAGAAGCAAGAUAAGCUGAGUCCACAGAGAGCCAAAGUGCUCAUUGUGGUCACAUGGGGACUGUCUUUCGUUUUCUCUUUCCCCUUGGCUGUUGGGUACCCUCUCCUGCAGAUCCCCCCCAGAGCCCCCCAGUGUGUGUUUGGCUACAGCACCGAGCCUGGCUACCAUGCCUACGUACUGAUCCUGAUGCUAGUGUUCUUCUUCAUGCCUUUCAUGGUCAUGCUGUACACGUUCAUGGGGAUCCUGAACACCAUCCGCCACAAUGCCAUCCGCAUCCACAGCCACCCAGACAGCAUCUGUCUAAGCCAGGCCAGCAAACUGGGUCUGCUGAGCCUCCAGAGGCCCUUCCAAAUGAACAUCGACAUGAGCUUCAAGACCCGUGCCUUCACCACCAUCCUCAUCCUCUUCUCUGUGUUUACAGUCUGCUGGGCACCUUUCACUGCCUACAGUUUGGUAUCGACCUUCAGCGACAGGUUCUACCACAAAGACAGUUUUUUCCAAGUCAGCACAUGGGUCCUGUGGCUGUGCUACCUCAAGUCGGCCCUCAACCCUCUUAUUUACUACUGGCGGAUCAAGAAGUUCCGCGACGCCUGCCUUGACCUGAUGCCCAAGUACUUCAAGUUCCUUCCUCAGCUGCCAGGAAACACCAAGAGGCGCAUACAGCCGAGUGCGGUGUACGUGUGCGGAGAGCAUCGAUCCGUGGUUUAAAGUCAAAGUCUACGCUCAAACCCUUCAGCACUGUUAAAAAAAAAAAACGUACAUUCACUUCUUUACCAGAUCUGGGUCUUUUUUUUGCUGUUUAGUGGUUGUACCUCUAUUAGCAGGUGUCUCUCAACAGGCUGAAAGUAGCAUUGCGUUAAAGGCAUGAGGCAGUGUUAACUUGGGAUGGGCAUAUUUGAUUAUUUGGGGAUUUGCCUCAUUAUAAAUAGGGUUAGGGUUACCCAUAUAAAUCGGUUACUGUGACUAUUUGUAGUAUGUUAGAUACAAGACAAAUGUUCUAUCACUGAUUACAUUUAGAAAAAGAUAUAUUACUAGUCCAGUGACCGCAUCAUUUUUGCCAUGAGGUGGCAGCAGCAACAAGCAUUUAGUUAGUGGAGUUCAAAUGGCAGAAUUUAAGAGCUUUCUUGAAUGCAUCUUGAAGCUACUUCUCUAAGCUUCUAAUAAUAUCUAAUAUUAUUAUUCUUAUUUGGUUGCCCUGCCCUUUUUUUGUCUGAAACCGUCAACAUGUUUUAAUGCUUUGCUACUUUCAGUCUGUCUGAGGUUCAGAAACUGUCAGGGUGUGUGUCCAGACUCUCAGCAUCAGCCCGUGGAAUAUCAGCGGGUCAGAGGCAACUGUCAGCGUCCACAUCAAAGACGCUUGGUGACCUGGUGAUGCCUUCACUUUUCAUUUCUCCCGGUGGUUGUUGCCCUGGUGACAUGGAGCUAUGUGAAGGACACUGGAAGUAGUUUUGGAAUGGAGCUGUACUUUGUUUUCUCUAAUAUUCAGGGGUCAACAUGAUGUGUCAUGGGUAUCUGAUGUAUCCAGCUGAUUGAUUUAUUUAUUUAUGUUGUUUUGGGUGUUAAAUUUCAGGGUGUAAAACACUUGAAGUCCGGUUACUUAAGGCCUGGGACACACUGGAUGCAUGUUUUCCCCGGAACGUCCUGCAUUGGUUUCAUUGCCCGUGUUAUCAGCAGGGAUGGCGCAAUAUCACUUUUUCAUGUCUGAGACCGACAAUACAGCCUCGGGUAUCUACCAAUAUUAAUAUCAGUCUGAUCCAGUCAUUCUUAGACACUUUAAAGAUAUAAUUCUCCCAUUACAUCACUGCUCCCAUUGAGAAGUAAAGAACUAAACUUGACUCCGCUAAAAUGCUGCUGCUGAUUUUUAUUUACACUUUUAUAGUUGGAUCUUUACAUUGUAUUGGAGUUUACAUUUGUAUAUUUUCGAUAUACGAUCCAGUGACUUUGACCAGUGUCAGACCAAUACUGAUACUGAGUUAUCAGCAGGGAGAAGCUGAUAUGAUUUAUUUGGUAUGAUAGUGCUAGCACAUCAAAGUAAGAGCCUCAUCUUUGUGCCCUAUGGCCACUAUAGAGGUCAAGCUUUGUUAAACUAAAUACACUGAGUCAUGGAAGUUAGGUCCAAGUUAUGGAAAUAUUUUGAAAAUGAAUAAGUAAAGUUUGGGAACCCUGAAACAGACAAUUGGGAAGUUGCUUAAAGGCAUAAUUGGAUGGGUCCUGGUUUCGGUCGAUACUCAUGGUUAUGAUAUCAGCAUCAGACACAACAAAGAGGUAUUGAGCCAUCUCUGUUUAUCACAUUAAAGCAGCUCAUCUGCUCAUGUGAGUCAUGCUGCUUUUCUUCAUACACACUUUUUUUCUUGCACUCAGUUUGUUGCAAAAAUAUUUGAAGAUAAUCCUUUACCUCAGUUUCAUUUAUGCCACAAGACAAAUAUAUUAGCAACACCUUGUAUAACAACACGUCCUUUGUCUUUACAAGGCUAUAGUGAAAUAUAGGGCUGCGAAAAUUAUUAGAUUGUUUGAUUAAUUUGAUCAUCAAUGAAUCGGUGUGAGUAAUAAUUCAAAUUUGUUUUUCUCCAUAUAACAACGAAACCAUUCAAACUGAAUAAGACAUUUAAGAAUGCCGUCAUUUUGAGGUUUGAAAAACCAUAUUUUUGACAUCGUAUAAGCGAAACAAUCAAUCUAGAAAUGAUUAACAGAUGAAUCAAUUAUGAAAACAAUGGUCAGUUGCAGCCCUAGUGAAAUAUUAUAGGACUGGCUUCACACUGGAGUCACACGUCUACUUAAUAUUUAUGGCCAUUUGUAAAAAGCAAACAUGGAUCUGACACG